AUGGUCAUGUCCGACCGCACCGCCGGAGACGCUCAGCGCAUUGCCUCAUAUGGCCGCGGAGGAGCUGGCAACAUCGGUCGCGACGACCCCACUACACAUACGCAGCCCGCGGACCUCGUCACACCAACCCUCAAGGCCGAGCACUACACCACAGGCCGCGGGGGCACUGGUAACAUUGCGCGCAACGACCCCCAUCGCCCUGAGAUUGCCCGCGCAAGCCAGGACGUCGAUGCGCCCAUCCACCGCGACCCCGAGGGCCCACACCACUAUGGCCGCGGCGGUGCCGCCAACAUUGCUGCCCCAUCCGCCGAGGAGGCCCGCGCCAACCGCGAGAGGAACAGGCGGAAGAGCGAUGAGGCCAGGAGGGGCUCCAACGCUGCUGAGGAUGUGAAGGGUCUCGCUGCCAAGGGCAAGGACUUCAUCAAGAACCUGGGUGGUGGUCACCAGAACAAUGGGCAGAGCCAGAAGAAGUGA